AGAGAGAGGAUCGCCAUGGAUCGAUGCAGGUCUAGCCUUUGGUUCACGUCCUCUUUCAUUCUUUUUCUCAUCAUAACACAAUCCAAUUUUUCGGCUUCUCAAGAAGUUGAGGAUGAGAGCGAUUUUGAUUAUUUAGAAGGCAGUGAGAAGGGUCCGAAGCACUGGGGCGAGAUCCAUCCGGAAUGGACGGCUUGCAACAAUGGGGAUAUGCAGUCUCCCAAUGACCUGCUUCACCAAAGGGUGGAGGUUCUACCAAAUUUGGGGAGCUUAAAAAGAAAAUAUAAGCCCGCUAAAGCAAUCCUAAAGAACAGAGGCCAUGAUAUAAUGCUUAAGUGGGGGGAAAAUGGAGCUGGAACACUGGAAAUAAACCAAACAGAGUACGUUCUGAAGCAAUGUCAUUGGCAUUCACCCUCCGAGCACAGUUUCAAUGGUUCAAGAUACUCUUUAGAGGUGCACUUGGUUCACAAGAGCAAAGAUGGGAAGGAAGG